CUCUCCAGUCUCCCCUCCUUCGCCAUUGAUAAUCCUUCAUCAACCUCAUCCUCACCAAACUCCAUUCUAUUGAUUUCGAGAACACAAAUAAAAGAUCAAGACCAACUUCCCUCAGAGAAGAAGUCUAUUAGCUGCAUCUUGGUUUUGAGAUGGAAGAAGAGACACUAGUGAAUUCAGAAGUUCCGGUGCUGAAGGCUGCCGAGGAUGCUGUGAUUGAUGCCGAUCCCAUUAAUAAGGUAACAAAUGGAGACUUGCCCCAAUUAGGAAAAGAAGGCAAGAAAGAAGAGGAAGAAACUGACGGGGAGUUUAUAAAAAUUGAGAAGGAAUCUAUAGAUGCUUCACACACAGGUGUAACAGCAUCUGUAGAGGACAACCACCCAACUGUCAUUGAGAGAAGUUCAAGCAGAGAAUUACUUGAAGCCCAAGAGAAGAUAAGAGAACUAGAGUUUGAAUUAGAAAGACUAGCUGGAGCAAUUAAGCAUUCAGAAUCUGAGAGUUCUCAGCUGAAGGACGAGGUCUCACAGACAAAGGAGAAGCUGGUAGAAAGUGGAAAGAAGUAUGAAGAGCUUGAACUCAACCACAAGAAAAUGCAAGAACAAAUUGUAGAAGACAAGGAGAAACACAGUGCACAGAUAAACAGUUUGCAAGAGGCAUUGCAAGCUCAUGAAACAAAGAGCAAGGAGCUGGUUAAGGUGAAGGAAGCAUUUGAUGGUCUCAGCCUUGAGCUCGAGACCUCAAAAAAGAGGAUGCAGGAGUUGGAGGAUGAGCUGCAAUGUUCUGCAGGUGAGGCACAGAAGUUUGAGGAGCUGCACAAACAAAGUGGCUCACAUGCAGAAUCUGAGACAAAGAGGGCCUUGGAGUUUGAGAGAUUGCUGGAAGUGGCAAAACUGAGCGCCAAAGAAAUGGAAGAUCAGAUGGCUUCUGUACAAGAGGAACUGAAGGGCGUGUAUGAAAAGAUUGCUGAGAAUCAGAAGGUUGAAGAAGCUCUCAAGGUAACUGCAGCAGAGCUUUCUGUAGUCCAAGAUGAGUUGGCGCUUUCAAAAUCCCAAGUACUGGACAUAGAGCAGAGACUUUCUUCAAGAGAGGAUCUUAUAAAUGAACUGACCCAGGAACUGGACUCAAGAAAGGGUUCAGAAUCUCAGAUGAAGGAACAUAUCUCCUCACUUGAAAUUCUUAUAGCCUCAACUAAAGAAGAUCUUCAAGUAAAGGUUUCUGAACUGGAAGAAAUCAAGUUGAAGCAGCAGGAGGAAGUGAACACAAGGGAAUUAGUUGAGACUUCAUUGAAAACCCAGGAAGCACAAUUUUCAGUAGUACAAGAGGAAUUGGCUAAAGUACUCAAAGAAAAAGAAGCUCUUGAAGCAACUGUGGCAGAAAUCACUAGCAAGGCAAAGCAAAUGGAGGAAUUGCGCAGCGAUCUAGAGGAGAAAUUGAGGCUCUCAGAUGAGAAUUUCUGCAAAACAGAUUCUCUUUUGUCGCAAGCGUUGUCGAACAAUGCAGAGCUUGAAGAGAAGUUGAGGUCUCUGGAAGAUCUUCAUAACGAGUCUGGAGCUGCAGCAGCAACUGCUACUCAAAAAAAUCUCGAGCUCGAGGAUAUAAUCCAGGCUUCAAAUGCAACGGCAGAAGAGGCAAAAUCACAACUGAGAGAGCUUGAGACACAAUUUAUAGCUGCAGAACAAAAGAAUGUGGAGCUUGAGCAAAAGCUAAACCAUACAGAACUAAAAAGCAGCGAUGCCGAGAGAGAGAUGAAAGAACUUUCUGAGAAAAUAUCUGAACUAAAUGCUACAUUGAGAGUGUUUGAGGAAGAAAAAGUUCAACUGAAUGGCCAAAUGCAGGAAUACCAGGAAAAAAUAAAUCAGCUGGAAUCAACUCUAAACCAGUCCUCAUUACGAAAUUCAGAGCUUGAGGAGGAAUUGAAGAUUGCUGUCGGUAAAUGCACUGAACAUGAGGAUCGAGCCACUAUGAACCAUCAGCGUAGCCUUGAGCUAGAAGACUUGAUCCAGGUAUCUCAUUCCAAAGUGGAGGACGCCAGUAAAAAGGCGAGUGAGUUCGAGUUGCUACUCGAAGCAGAGAAGCAUAGAAUUCAGGAACUUGAAGAACAGAUAAGCACAUUAGAAAAGAAAUGUGGGGACGCUGAAGCAGAUUCCAAGACAUACUCUGACAAGGUAUUAGAACUUUCGUCAGAACUUGAGACAUUCCAAGCUCGAGCAUCAAGCCUUGAAAUUGCACUGCAAACGGCUAACGAAAAGGAAAGAGAGCUGACAGAGUCCUUGAAUCUAGCAAUAGAUGAGAAGGGAAGACUAGAAGAUGCAUCGACCAGUUCUAGCGAGAAGCUUGCUGAAGCAGAAAAUCUAUUGGAGGUCUUGAAGAAUGAAUUGAAUCUGACACAGGAGAAGUUGGUAAGCAUUGAAAAUGAUCUUAAGGCUGCAGGAAUGAGAGAGAAUGAGGUAAUGGAGAAGCUUAAAUCUGCAGAAGAGGAACUAGAGCAACAAGGAAGAGUGAUAGAACAAGCUACUGCAAGAAACUCAGAGCUGGAAUUGUUACACGAUUCCCUAGCAAGAGAUUCUGAGGGUAAACUCCAAGAAGCAAUGGCAAAUCUCAACAAUAGGGAUUCUGAGGCAAAAUCUUUGUUUGAGAAACUGAAGAUACAUGAAGACCAGGUGAAGAUUUAUGAAGAGCAGGUGGCUCAAGCGGCUGGAAAUUCUGCAUCUUUGAAGGAGGAGUUGGAUCAGACUUUAUUGAAAUUGUCUUCUUUGGAAAGCACAAAUCAAGAACUCCGAGAACAGAUUUCGAAAGCUGAAAAUAAAGCUUCUCAGUCUUUCUCAGAGAAUGAGCUGUUAGUCGAGACCAAUGUUCAGCUCAAAAGUAAGAUUGGUGAACUCCAGGAAUUGCUUAAUUCUACUCUUUCCGAGAAGGAAGCCACUGCUCAACAACUUGUUUCUCACAAGAACACUAUCACAGAGUUAACAGACCAGCACUCAAGAGCCUUUGAACUACACUCUGCAGCUGAGGGUCGCAUUGUGGAAGCAGAAAGACAGUUACAAGAAGCCACUCACAGAUUCACUCACAGAGAUUCUGAAGCCAAAGACUUGAGUGAGAAACUGAGUGCUCUAGAAACCCAGAUUGGCUUGUAUAAAGAACAGGCUCAAGAGGCAUCUACAAAGGCCGAAGCUCGAAAUAUUGAGUUGGAAGAGACUCUCUCUAAGUUAAAGCAUCUAGAAAGCAUUGUUGAGGAACUGCAGACCAAGUCAAGUGACUUAGAAAAAGAGACUGGAGGGCUGGCCGAGGCAAAUAUGAAGCUUACUGAGGAAGUGGCCACGUACGAGUCCACACUGAGCGAUUUACAGGCAAAUCUGUUGGCAGCUCUUGCAGAGAAGGAUGGAACAGUUGAAGAGCUUAACUCUUCAAAGAAGGCCAUAGAAGAUUUGACACAUCAGCUUGCUUCUGAAGGGCAGAAACUACAAUAUCAGAUAUCUUCAAUUAUGGAAGAAAACAACCUUCUCACUGAAACACAUCAAAAUGCCACAAAGGAACUUCAGUCUGUGAUAUUGCAGCUUGAAGAACAGUUGAACGAACAUAAUGCAAAAGAAGACGCUUUGAGAUCUGAGAUUGAAAAUCAAAAGGCUGAGAUUGCUGAGAAACUUUUGCUGCAAACUCGUCUCAAGGAACUUGAGGAAAAAUUAAUGAAAUCUGAAGAUCAAUUGAAACAAGAGGUGCAAAGCAUUCAGGUGGCAGCAGCUGGAAAAGAGGCAGAAUUACUUUCAAAAUUGGAGGAUCAUGCUCAUAAAGUUCAUGAUAGAGAUUUAUUACAUGAAACAGUGCUAGAACUUCAGAAAGAAUUACAACUUGCUCAGAGCACGCAUGCUGAACAGAACGAAAAGUAUUCUCAAAAGGAGUUGGAAAGAGAAGCAGCACUGGAGCAUUCUCGUGGAGAGCUUGAAGCAAAGAACAAAGAAAUCGUGCUACUAGAGAAGCAAGUCAAAGAGCUUGAGCAGAAAUUGCAGCUGGCUGAUGCUAAACUGUCGCAAAAGGGAGGAGAUAGGGGGGGCAGUCCAACUGAACAGGAGGAAGGGUUAGAGGUUAAAUCCAGGGACAUUGGAUCAACCAUUUCCACUCCAUCAAAAAGGAAGAGCAAGAGAAAGUCAGAAGCACCAUCUGCUGCUCAAACCUCAUCUUCUUCAGAGACGCAUGCUAAAACUGCUGAGGCUUCUCCUUUCACGACCUUUAAGUUCAUCUUGGGAGUAGCUCUACUAUCUGUGAUAUUUGGCAUAAUUCUUGGGAAACGAUAUUAGCUUGCUUGGGGUUUUUGUGGAUUUUGGUUUUGAUCUUCUUUUGUUUCUUACUUUGUUUUUCCUUUUUCUUUACCCAUCAAUAUAAAUUAUGCAGUAAGAGAAUUUGAAAGCUAUGUUUGGAUGCUUUCAAACUUAGGUGUUGAGGUUGGUCAGGGAAUUUGUCUUCAUAUGGAAAGUAAAAAUUACAGUUCAUGUAUUAUUAUUCAAGUUUGUAUUUAAUUUGUUGAUUGUGUUGCAUA